AUGACGUCAGGUACGUACAGUGUAUACACGAUCGUCGCAGCGUGCCGACCGCGUUCUUCAAGGAAAUCGAAAAAUCCUUUGUCGCGAGGCGUCAAAAUGGCGAUCGAUAAGAGUAUCGUGAGCACAAUUUGUACGCUGUUAUUAUUCGUGACGAUAGGAUGCGAAGCUAUUCGAUGUUACCAAUGCAGCAGCGAUACCGAUCAAAAAGAUGAAGAUCUUUGUGGAGCUUAUGGAAAAUUCGACAAGGAAAGGAACAUUCCGGUGGAAUGCAGUAGCGACGAAUCUCAUACGCCUGGCACGUUUUGCGUUAAGUUGACGCAGCAAAGUCCUCGUGGCUUCAUAUGGAACGGUAGAUGGCGGCAAGUGAUACGAAGGUGUGCAUCUGUCUCCAGUACCGGAGUUACAGGUGUCUGUAAUUGGGGGGUCUACGAGAAUGGAAUUUAUUGGCAAGAAUGUUCUUGCUCCGAAGAUUCUUGUAACGGAGCAUCCUCAUUUUCUUCGCUUUCUACAAUGAUCUUUGUUACAUUAAGCGUCCUUCUUUCGAUCCUUUUUACAAGAUAAAUUCGAGUACGCGUCUACUGAAAGAAAACAAACAAAAUUUUAUUAGCAACGAAUCUGUCCAUUGUAAUGUUAUUUAAAAGUAUAGAGAUGUUUUAGAUUGAUAAGAGGACCAUUAGAAAUUUACUCGUAUAUAGAACGAAUUGUUUUGGAGGAGGAAUUAUUAAUACAUAUAUAUAUAUAUAUAGAUAUAGAUAUAUAUAUAUAUAUGUGUGUGCAUACAUACAUAUUAUUUUUUAUAUAUAUAUCUCAUUUUUAUAUCUUUAUAUAAAAAAUUUAGAAAAAAGAUAGAUAUAAAAUCAAUGGAAGAUUAGAUAUAAAAUAGAUGGAAAAUCUAUGUCUUCUUCGUUAGUUCGUACCUAAGAUUAAGUUCUAUCAGUGACAAUUUCAUAUACAUAUAUGAAAUAUUUCGCAAUAAUUAUUCUUACAAUAAACACUUCCGUCCAUAUCGAUGUCAUUUAAGUUUAAUAAUACUUAUAAACUAAGACGAUCGAGAAGUCACAUUCUAUUUAGAGAGAAUCGAUUUGAUCGAAGGAUGAUCGAGCUAGAUGAAUGUCCCUGAUAAAUAGUAUCGAGAGACAAAAGCACGUAAUUAGUACAAAACGGAUUAGUAGCUACGAUCGGCAUAAGAUCGAUCUGUGAAAAUUCGAUCAGCUGAUCGCGCUAGUAAACUCGUAGUUACCUCGAAAUAUCCGAAAUACUUGCGUCACCCGUUGUAGCUGUUGCAAUUAUUUUUCCUAAGGUUACAUCAUGGACGUAAUUGUGCGAUGAACGAGUUACUAAAAUCGUAGUUUCCUAGCCAAAAUCGUAUUACGUGGCCAUUAAAAAUCAAAAAGGAUAUAUAUAUAUCGAUCGGUAUCUUUUGAAACACUUGUCUCGUGCCUGUAAAUACAUAACUACUGCCCGUAUAUCUCGUGUAACUCGUAUGUGUAUAUACAUACAUAUAUUUAUAGUAGAGAAAAUAAAUAUGCAUGUGCCUGAAAAAAAUCUUUGUUCGUAGAAUUUCUGCUUUUUGUGCGAUAUGUUUAUGUCAGAUAUUAAAUCGUGAUCUUAUUAGAAAAAAAUAAAAAUACAUAUUUAAAUCA